GCGCGGGGCAGCGCCAUGGCCCCGGGGGGCCGCUAAGCGCGGACCGGCCCUACGGAGUGAGUGGGGCUCGGGGUUAAAGCCUGUGCCGUCGCCGCGGCCACCGCAUCGUCGCCCGGGCGCCCAGGCCCUGCCGACGCGGAAGAGGUGUCCAGAGAGCCUCUUCCUGGGCCCUAGGCCCCUCCCACAAUGCUUGUCGCUGGUCUUCUCCUCUGGGCUUCCCUACUGACGGGGGCCUGGCCAUCCAUCCCCACCCAGGACCAGUUCCCAGCCACGCCCCGGGUCCGCCUCUCAUUCAAAGAACUUAAAGCCACUGGCACCGCCCACUUCUUUAACUUCCUGCUCAACACAACCGACUACCGAAUCCUACUUAAGGACGAGGACCAAGACCGCAUGUAUGUGGGCAGCAAGGACUACUUGCUGUCCCUGGACCUUCAGGACAUCAACCGCGAGCCCCUCAUUAUCCACUGGGCGGCCACUCCACAGCGCAUCGAGGAGUGCGUGCUGUCAGGCAAGGAUGGCAACGGUGAGUGUGGAAACUUUGUCAGGCUCAUCCAGCCCUGGAACCGAACACACUUGUAUGUGUGUGGGACCGGUGCCUACAAUCCCAUAUGUACCUAUGUGAACCGCGGCCGCCGAGCACAGGCCCUACCAUGGACCCAGACACAGGCGGUCAGAGGCCGCGGCAGCAGAGCCACGGAUGGUGCCUUCCGCCCGACGCCCACAGCCCCACGCCAGGAUUACAUCUUCUACCUGGAUCCCGAGAGACUCGAGUCAGGGAAGGGCAAGUGUCCGUACGACCCCAAGCUGGACACAGCCUCGGCCCUCAUCAAUGAGGAGCUAUAUGCAGGAGUGUACAUCGAUUUUAUGGGUACUGAUGCGGCCAUCUUCCGCACGCUUGGAAAGCAGACGGCCAUGCGCACGGAUCAGCACAACUCCCGGUGGCUCAAUGACCCCUCAUUCAUCCAUGCUGAGCUCAUCCCUGACAGCACGGAACGCAACGAUGACAAACUCUACUUCUUCUUCCGUGAACGCUCCACAGAGGCUCCCCAGAACCCCGCCGUGUACGCUCGCAUUGGGCGCAUCUGCUUGAACGAUGACGGCGGUCAGUGUUGCCUGGUGAACAAGUGGAGCACUUUCCUGAAGGCGCGCCUCGUCUGCUCCGUGCCGGGCGAAGAUGGCAUCGAGACUCACUUCGACGAACUCCAGGAUGUGUUUGUCCAGAAGACCCAGGAUGUGAGGAACCCAGUCAUUUAUGCUGUCUUCACCUCCUCGGGCUCCGUGUUCCGAGGCUCUGCCGUGUGUGUGUACUCCAUGGCCGAUAUCCGCAUGGUCUUCAAUGGGCCCUUUGCCCACAAGGAGGGCCCCAACUACCAAUGGAUGCCCUUCUCAGGAAAGAUGCCCUACCCCCGGCCUGGCACGUGCCCUGGCGGGACCUUCACGCCAUCCAUGAAAUCCACGAAGGACUAUCCCGAUGAAGUGAUCAACUUCACCCGCAGCCACCCACUCAUGUACCAGGCCGUGUACCCGUUGCAGCGGCGGCCCCUGGUGGUUCGCAGUGGUGUCCCUUACCGCCUCACUACUAUCGCCGUGGACCAGGUGGAUGCAGCCGAUGGGCGCUAUGAGGUGCUUUUCCUGGGCACAGACCGCGGGACAGUGCAGAAGGUCAUUGUAUUGCCCAAGGAUGACCAGGAAGUAGAGGAGCUUAUGCUGGAGGAGGUGGAGGUCUUCAAGGACCCAGCCCCUGUGAAGACUAUGACCAUCUCUUCCAAGAGGCAACAACUGUAUGUGGCCUCAGCUGUGGGUGUCACACACCUGAGUCUGCACCGCUGCCAGGCAUAUGGGGCCGCCUGUGCAGACUGCUGCCUUGCCCGGGACCCCUACUGCGCUUGGGAUGGCCAGGCCUGCUCACGUUACACAGCAUCCUCCAAGAGGCGGAGUCGCCGGCAGGACGUCCGGCACGGGAACCCCAUCAGGCAGUGCCGUGGGUUCAACUCCAAUGCUAACAAGAAUGCCGUGGAGUCCGUGCAGUACGGCGUGGCGGGCAGCGCUGCCUUCCUUGAGUGCCAGCCUCGCUCGCCCCAAGCCACCGUUAAGUGGUUAUUCCAGCGGGAUCCCAGCGACCGGCGCCGUGAGAUUCGUGCAGAGGACCGCCUCCUGCGUACGGAGCAGGGCUUGCUGCUUCGCGCCCUGCAGCUCGGUGAUCGCGGCCUCUACUCCUGUACAGCCACCGAGAACAACUUCAAGCACGUCGUCACACGAGUGCAGCUGCAUGUCCUGGGCCGGGACGCCGUCCAUGCUGCCCUUUUCCCCCCGCUGGCCGUGAGCGUCCCCCCGCCUCACGGCACCGGUCCACCCACGCCUCCUUACCAGGAGCUGGCCCAGCUGCUAGCCCAGCCAGAAGUGGGCCUCAUCCACCAGUACUGCCAGGGUUACUGGCGUCACGUGCCCCCCAGUCCCAGGGAGGCCCCUGGGGCACCCAGGCCUCCUGAACCCCAGGACCAGAAAAAACCCCGGAACCGUCGGCACCACACUCCGGACACAUGAGACUAGCUGCCAGAGGCCUGCGUAGGGCCUACCUAGCCCUCAUCCCUUUUAAUAUAAAAGAUAUAUAUAUAUAUAUAUAUAUAUAUAAAAUAUCUAUAUUAUAUACAUACCCUGCCCCUGCAAAGACAGUAUUUAUUGGUGGGUUGUAUAUAGCCUGCCUUAGUGGCAGCAGCAUCACUGAGAACUUUAGACCCACGUUGGUCAGAGACGGCAGAGAACUGAGUGUGCCCAGCCGGUUGGCAGGGCCAGGCCAGGACCACACAGUGCCCAGACUCCGCUGGAAAUCUCCUUGCUCCACAGCCGCCGAGAUCUACAGAACACGGGGCGAGAGAGAGAGCGCAAAAACCCUACUUGCCAGGGAACGGACCACACACCUUUGUCGAUGCGUGUCGUCGGCCGCGACGUGGCAUAGUUGUGGAACCAGGACUGCUUUGGAGUCUGCGGCGGGGUGGGGGAGGGGGUGGGGGCUCAGGGCACUCAGAAGGGAAAGAAGGGGCCAUCACAGGAUGCUGGCCCCAUCCUGGGUCGGGGCGCUCAGUUAAGGCCAGCCCUUCCCAGGUAUUUAUUCUCCUAUUUAUUGGGGACAGGAGAGGAGAAACCUGCCUGGGUAGGGCAGGAUCAUCUUCCCUCCUCCCCUCCCUGCCUGGCCUUGCAGGGCUGCCCCCCUCUACCUCCUUAGCUUUUCCUGUGCCACCUUGAGAAGCAGCGGGGCCAGGUGCAGGCAGGGCUUCAGGGAGCUCCCAGCCCUAAGGGAAGCUGGGAUACGUGGCAGAGUCCUGGGGUCUCUCCAGGGCUCCCUUCUGCCCACCACUUCAAGCGGUGGGUAUAAGCAGCUCUGGGGGCAGUUGGGUGAGUGGGUGGUGGUGGGGUCUCCUGGCAGCCCUCUGCUACCCAGGUCACAACUGCCCUCGGGUUCCAUCUUGCUAAUAAACACUGGCUCUGGGACUAGA